UUUAUUUUCUUAACUUAUUUGGUUAAUAUUUUAUUUUAUUUAAUUUUUUAGACCAGCAGAUCUCAGUUUAUUCCUUCUGAUAAUCACAUUCCUCAUCUUCCCUUUUACCUCUCUAUCUCUCAAGCAUCUGCUCUGUAUUGGAUCACAAACAAAAGAACUGUUCGUAAAGCCAGAAAAUGGGUGUGGAUAAAAAAUAUGACGAUACUGAGGAGGGAACUCUAGAGAUCGGAAUGGAGUACAGAACCGUCUCCGGAGUUGCUGGACCUCUUGUUAUACUUGAUAAGGUUAAGGGACCAAAAUAUCAAGAGAUUGUUAAUAUUCGAUUAGGGGAUGGAACUACCCGGCGUGGUCAAGUUCUUGAAGUUGAUGGGGAGAAAGCUGUCGUUCAGGUUUUUGAAAGGAACGUCUGGAAUUGACACAAAUACACAACUGUUCCAAUUUACUGGAGAGGUUUUGAAGACUCCUGUCUCAUUGGAUAUGCUUGGGCGCAUUUUUAAUGGUUCUGGGAAGCCUAUUGAUAAUGGUCCUCCAAUUUUGCCUGAGGCUUACUUGGAUAUUUCUGGGAGUUCUAUUAACCCUAGUGAGAGAACCUAUCCUGAAGAGAUGAUACAGACAGGGAUUUCAACAAUUGAUGUCAUGAAUUCUAUUGCUAGAGGACAGAAGAUCCCUCUGUUUUCUGCUGCUGGUCUUCCCCAUAAUGAAAUAGCUGCCCAAAUAUGUCGUCAGGCAGGUUUGGUAAAGCGAUUGGAAAAGUCUAGCAAUCUUCUUGAGGAUGAAGAGGAAGACAACUUUGCCAUUGUGUUUGCAGCUAUGGGUGUAAACAUGGAGACUGCACAAUUUUUCAAACGUGAUUUUGAGGAAAAUGGUUCAAUGGAAAGAGUGACACUUUUCCUGAACUUGGCAAAUGACCCUACAAUCGAACGUAUUAUCACGCCUCGAAUUGCUCUUACCACUGCAGAAUAUUUGGCAUAUGAGUGUGGGAAGCAUGUCCUUGUCAUACUUACAGAUAUGAGUUCUUAUGCUGAUGCUCUUCGAGAGGUGUCUGCUGCUCGAGAGGAAGUACCUGGAAGGCGUGGAUAUCCUGGGUACAUGUAUACUGAUUUGGCGACUAUAUAUGAGCGGGCUGGACGUAUUGAGGGGCGAAAAGGCUCCAUCACACAGAUUCCAAUUUUAACUAUGCCUAAUGAUGAUAUUACACAUCCCACCCCAGAUCUUACGGGAUAUAUUACAGAGGGACAGAUAUAUAUUGACAGGCAGCUUCACAAUAGACAGAUAUAUCCUCCAAUCAAUGUCCUCCCAUCUCUCUCUCGUCUGAUGAAGAGUGCCAUUGGUGAGGGGAUGACUAGGAGGGACCAUGCUGAUGUGUCUAACCAGCUUUAUGCAAAUUAUGCAAUUGGGAAGGACGUCCAGGCAAUGAAAGCUGUGGUUGGAGAAGAAGCUCUUUCCUCGGAAGACCUGCUAUAUUUGGAGUUCUUGGACAAAUUUGAGCGAAAAUUUGUGACUCAAGGCGCUUAUGACACUCGCAACAUCUUCCAAUCACUCGAUUUAGCUUGGACUCUGCUCCGCAUCUUUCCUCGUGAGCUACUCCACCGAAUACCUGCUAAGACACUUGACCAGUACUACAGCCGUGAUUCAUCUAAUUGAGAAUGAGCUUGCAGAGCUCUUUUAAAUUAUUUCAGAUGAGCUGCAAUUUGUUUAGUUGUCUGUUCACUUGGGAUUGCAUCUCACUAUCUGGCAGAAUAAGGAUAAUAGUUGGUCUAUAUUUGGAUCACAAAUUUUAAAAUUUUCCAUUGAGUGUUAUGGUCUUGUAAUUUAUUUAUUAGUUGAGUUGGUUUUACUCAUAGUUGCAAUCAGUGCUGUUUUGAAUUUUAAGGUCUUCAAUUUUCUGUUUGAUGCUUUUCUUGCA